GAGAUAGAGGAGGAUUUUCAAGAGGAUUUGGAAGGGGCAUGAGGGGCGGAAGAGGCGGCCGUGGCAGAGGACGAGGAAGAGGAAGAGGAAGAGGGUCCGCAGAAGACGACUUAAAGAACUGGGUACCCGUAACAAAGUUGGGACGUUUGGUCAAGGAAGGGAAAAUAGUUUCUAUUGAAGAAAUUUAUUUGCAUUCCCUCCCUAUUAAGGAGUAUCAAAUUAUUGAUUACUUUUUUCAACCUGGGGAAUGUGCUCACCCCUUAAAGGAUGAUGUUGUAAAGAUAAUGCCUGUACAGAAACAAACACGUGCCGGACAGAGAACAAGAUUUAAGGCAUUUGUUGCCAUUGGGGACGGAAAUGGACACUGUGGUUUAGGAGUAAAGUGCGCAAAAGAAGUGGCAACUGCCAUUAGAGGUGCCAUAAUUGCUGCUAAGCUGUCGUUAAUUCCUGUGAGGAGAGGAUACUGGGGAAAUAAAAUCGGAGACCCCCACACGGUACCAAUGAAGGUGUCGGGCAAAUGUGGUAGUGUUCGUAUUCGUUUGGUGCCAGCUCCAAGGGGUACACAAAUCGUGGGUGCUCCAACGACGAAGAAAAUGCUGAACUUUGCAGGCAUUAAGGAUUGCUUCUCCUCUUCUUGUGGAAAGACCAAAACAAGGGGCAACUUUUUAAGGGCCAUUUUCAACGCCUUGAGCAAAACAUACGGCUACUUAACUCCGGACUUAUGGAAGGUAACCAAAUUUGACAAGUCGCCAUAUGAGGAAUGGUCAGAUUUCCUGGAGACCUACCAGAACAUGAAAAUUCAGAAGCAGACGCCUUAG